ACUAAACCGAGACUGACCGCGCCCGCCAGACGUCUCGAAUGAGGAAGUGAAAGUGCCCAUCGCUCACGGCCGGGUAUUUGAUAGCCCUAUGCAAUGAAUCUGCCGCCAGAUCCUCGGAAACAACAGGUGGGGAGGCGCUGAUGAAUGUAUCAAGGGGGUAGAUACGAAUCCGAUAAAUAACCUCCCAGCUCCUUCAAGUUCUUCAAGGAAACAUAUUUUUCCCAAAAGUUAUCUCCGCCUACCUAGGUAUUGGGUGCUGGCGAGUCUCAGCUCUAGAAUUAUUUAUGGCUAUUCAAGGCAGAUUAUGAUCACAAGCGUGGCAUGGAAGACUGUUCUCUUUGCGACAGGCUCCAGAUAGUACCUCGUACAGCCCGCGGAAGCAAUGAACCAGUCAUCCAUUACGGCCUAAUUGCUUCCGGGACUCAAGUCAUGAAGAAUGCUGGGACUCGAGAUUCUAUUACCAGAGAGCGAAAUAUUCUCUGCUUUGAAAUGGAGGCGGCUGGGCUGAUGGAUCAGUUACCAUGCCUCGUCAUCCGGGGCAUUUGUGACUACUGUGACUCGCAUAAGAACAAACAGUGGCAAGGGCAUGCAACCCUUGUUGCUGCUGCAUACGCUAGGACUCUCUUGUCAGUUGUCCCGACCACCUCUGGAACAGAGAAAAAAACUGCCAGGAGUUGAACAAGGUAAGGAUAGUUGCAAGAAAAACC